GAGAGGGAGACGCAGGCGGCGAGAAGCAGGAGCCGAGCGCCCUCCGCCAAGGCGCCCUCCCUCCGUGCGCGCACAGGCGCCGUCGCUGGAGGAACAAGGUGCCUCUCAGCCCGCCCGGGCGCAGCGCACCAGCCCGCGGCUGGUCGGUGCUUAGCCCCGGGACUGCACCUGGAGGCGGCCCCGGACGGGGAUGGUCAGCGGCUGCCGCCUCUCGCACGCAAGCGGGACGCGGUGAGGGCACCAUGGCGCUGACGCCUGGAUGGGGGUCCUCGGUCGGGCUGGUCCGGCCCGAGCUCUGGCUGCUGCUGUGGGCAGCCGCGUGGCGCCUGGGUGCCACCGCGUGCCCCGCCCUCUGCACCUGCACCGGCACCACGGUGGACUGCCACGGCACGGGACUGCAGGCCAUCCCCAAGAACAUCCCGCGGAACACCGAGCGUCUGGAACUCAAUGGCAACAACAUCACUCGGAUCCACAAGAAUGACUUUGCGGGGCUCAAGCAGCUGCGGGUGCUGCAGCUGAUGGAGAACCAGAUUGCAGCGGUGGAACGGGGGGCUUUCGAUGACAUGAAGGAGCUGGAGCGGCUACGACUGAACCGGAACCAGCUGCACGUGUUACCCGAACUGCUGUUCCAGAAUAACCAGGCCCUGUCGAGACUGGACCUGAGUGAGAACGCCAUCCAGGCCAUCCCCAGGAAAGCGUUCCGCGGAGCUACAGACCUGAAGAACCUACAGCUGGACAAGAACCACAUCAGCUGCAUCGAGGAAGGGGCCUUCCGGGCCCUGCGGGGGCUGGAGGUGCUGACACUCAACAACAACAACAUCUCGGCCAUCCCGGUGUCCAGCUUCAACCACAUGCCCAAGCUCCGGACCUUCCGCCUGCACUCCCCUCCAUCGGCCUCUUCGCCCAGUGCUCGGUCCGGCUCCUGCCCGGCCAUGUGCUCCUGCAGCAAUGGCAUCGUGGACUGCCGCGGCAAAGGCCUCACCGCCAUCCCCGCCAACCUGCCCGAGACCAUGACGGAGAUCCGCCUGGAGCUCAACGGGAUCAAGUCGGUGCCCCCGGGAGCCUUCUCACCCUACAGGAAGCUGCGCAGGAUAGACCUGAGCAACAACCAGAUCGCAGAGAUCGCGCCCGACGCCUUCCAGGGCCUCCGCUCCCUCAACUCGCUGGUCCUCUACGGAAACAAGAUCACGGACCUCCCUCGCGGUGUGUUCGGAGGCUUGUACACGCUGCAGCUCCUGCUCCUCAACGCCAACAAGAUCAACUGCAUCCGGCCCGAUGCCUUCCAGGACCUGCAGAACCUCUCGCUGCUCUCCCUGUACGACAACAAGAUCCAGAGUCUCGCCAAGGGCACCUUCACCUCCCUGCGGGCCAUCCAGACGCUGCACCUGGCUCAGAACCCUUUCAUCUGCGACUGUAACCUCAAGUGGCUGGCAGACUUUCUGCGCACCAACCCCAUCGAGACGAGCGGGGCCCGCUGCGCCAGCCCCCGGCGCCUUGCCAACAAGCGCAUUGGGCAGAUCAAGAGCAAGAAGUUCCGGUGCUCAGCCAAGGAGCAGUACUUCAUUCCAGGCACAGAGGAUUACCAGCUGAACAGUGAGUGCAGCAGCGACGUGGUCUGUCCCCACAAGUGCCGCUGUGAGGCCAGCGUGGUGGAGUGCUCCAGCCUGAAGCUCACGAAGAUCCCCGAGCGCAUCCCCCAGUCCACGGCUGAGCUACGCCUGAACAACAAUGAGAUUUCCAUCCUGGAAGCCACUGGGAUGUUUAAGAAACUUACACACCUGAAGAAAAUCAACCUGAGCAACAACAAGGUGUCAGAGAUCGAAGACGGGACCUUCGAGGGCGCGGCCUCCGUGAGCGAGCUGCACCUGACGGCCAACCAGCUGGAGUCCAUCCGGAGUGGCAUGUUCCGGGGUCUGGACGGCCUGAGGACCCUGAUGCUGAGGACCAACCGCAUCGGCUGCAUCCACAACGACAGCUUCACGGGCCUGCGCAACGUGCGUCUGCUCUCGCUCUACGACAACCAGAUCUCCGCCAUCGCGCCCGGGGCCUUCGACACCCUGCAGUCCCUGUCCACGCUAAACCUCCUGGCCAACCCCUUCAACUGCAACUGCCAGCUGGCCUGGCUGGGCCACUGGCUGCGGAAGAGGAGGAUUGUCACGGGGAACCCGCGGUGCCACAACCCGGACUUCCUGCGGCAGAUCCCCCUGCAGGACGUGGCCUUCCCUGACUUCCGGUGUGAGGAAGGCCAGGAGGAGAGCAGCUGCCUGCCCCGGCCACAGUGCCCCCAGGAGUGCGCCUGUCUGGACACCGUGGUCCGCUGCAGCAACAAGCACCUGCGGGCCCUGCCCAAGGGCAUCCCCAAGAACGUCACCGAGCUCUACCUGGACGGGAACCAGUUCACGCUAGUUCCAGGGCAGCUGUCCACCUUCAAGUACCUGCAGCUCGUGGACCUGAGUAACAACAGGAUCAGCUCCUUGAGCAAUUCCUCCUUCACCAACAUGAGCCAGCUGACCACUCUGAUCCUCAGCUACAAUGCCCUCCAGUGCAUCCCUCCUCUGGCCUUCCAGGGGCUCCACUCCCUGCGCCUGCUGUCUCUCCAUGGCAACGACGUCUCUACCCUCCAGGAGGGUGUCUUCGCAGACGUGACCUCCCUGUCUCACCUGGCCAUUGGUGCCAACCCUCUGUACUGUGACUGCCACCUCCGCUGGCUGUCCAGCUGGGUGAAGACUGGCUACAAGGAACCGGGCAUCGCCCGCUGUGCCGGGCCCCCGGACAUGGAGGGCAAGUUGCUCCUCACCACACCUGCCAAGAAGUUCGAGUGCCACGGCCCGCCCUCUCUGGCCGUCCAGGCCAAGUGUGAUCCCUGCUUGUCCAGCCCGUGCCAGAACCAGGGGACUUGCCUCCACGACCCCCUGGAGGGGUACAAGUGUGCGUGCCCCAGUGGCUACAAGGGCCGAGACUGCGACGUGUCCCUGGACAGCUGUUCCAGCGGCCCCUGCGGGAAUGGUGGGACCUGCCACGCACAGGAGGCUGAGGAGGCCAGCUUCACGUGCUCCUGCGCCCCCGGCUUUGAAGGCCCCACCUGUGAGGUGAACACGGAUGACUGUGUGGGACACGCCUGUGCCAAUGGUGGCAUCUGUGUGGACGGCGUGGGCAACUACACCUGCCAGUGCCCCCUGCAGUACGCAGGGAGGGCCUGCGAGCAGCUGGUGGACUUCUGCUCUCCGGAUCUGAACCCGUGUCAGCACGACGCCCGCUGCGUGGGCACGCCAGAUGGGCCCAGGUGUGAGUGUACACCGGGCUUCACGGGAGACAACUGCAGUGAGAGCCAGGACGACUGCAGGGACCACCGCUGUCAGAAUGGUGCCCAGUGUGUGGACGAGGUGGACAGCUACUCCUGCCUCUGCACCGAUGGCUAUGGUGGACAGCUCUGUGAGAUACCGCCCCACCCGCCUGCCCCCAGAAGCCCCUGUGAGGGGACCGAGUGCCAGAAUGGGGCCAACUGUGUCGACCAGGGCAGCCAGCCUGUAUGCCAGUGCCUCCCAGGCUUUGGCGGCCCUGAGUGUGAGAAGUUGCUCAGUGUCAACUUCGUGGAUCGGGACACCUACCUGCAGUUCACUGACCUGCAGAACUGGCCGCGGGCCAACAUCACACUGCAGGUCUCCACGGCAGAGGACAACGGGAUCCUGCUAUACAACGGGGACAGCGACCACAUUGCAGUUGAGCUGCACCAGGGCCACGUGCGUGUCAGCUACGACCCAGGCAGCCACCCCAGCUCUGCCAUCUACAGUGCCGAGACCAUCAACGAUGGGCAGUUCCACACUGUGGAGCUGGUCGCCUUCGACCAGAUGGUGAACCUCUCCAUCGACGGCGGCAGCCCCCUGACCAUGGGCAGCUUCGGCAAGCACUACACACUCAACAGCGAGGCCCCCCUCUACGUGGGCGGGAUGCCUGUGGACGUGAACUCGGCCGCCUUCCGCCUGUGGCAGAUCCUCAACGGAACCAGCUUCCUCUGCUGCAUCCGCAACCUGUACAUCAACAACGAGCUGCAGGACUUCACCAAGACGCAGAUGAAGCCGGGCGUGGUGCCGGGCUGCGAGCCCUGCCGCAAGCUCUACUGCCUGCACGGCAUCUGCCAGCCCAGCGCCAGCCCGGGGCCUGUGUGCCACUGCGAGGCCGGCUGGGGGGGCCUGCACUGCGACCAGCCAGCCGACGGCCCCUGCCAUGGCCACAAGUGUGUCCAUGGGAACUGUGUGCCCCUCGAUGCUCUUUCCUACAGCUGCCAGUGCCAGGAGGGGUACUCGGGGGCCCUGUGCAACCAGGCCGGGGCACCGGGAGACCCUUGUGGGGGCCUGCAGUGCUUGCAGGGCCACUGCCAGGCCUCGGCCACCACGGGGGCCCACUGUGUGUGUGACCCUGGCUUUUCGGGCGAGCUGUGUGAGCAAGAGUCCGAGUGCCGGGGGGACCCUGUCCGGGACUUUCACCAGGUCCAGAGGGGCUAUGCCAUCUGCCAGACCACGCGCCCGCUGUCGUGGGUGGAGUGCCGGGGCUCGUGCCCGGGCCAGGGCUGCUGCCGGGGCCUGCGGCUGAAGCGGAGGAAGUUCACCUUUGAGUGCAGCGACGGGACCUCUUUUGCGGAGGAGGUGGAGAAGCCCACCAAGUGCGGCUGUGCCCUCUGCCAGGCAUAGCGCCGGUGUGGACCGGGCGGGGCAGGGCGGGCACCGGGGCUCGGCCGCCGCUGGG